UUCUUCCUUGAACCAGUACACACCCAUUGCAAAAAAACCAACGCAAACAACCCCACACAGAGAAAGGUCGAAGGAGAGUGAGAGGAACGAAGAAGAAGAUUUCGAAAAUGUCGUGGCAAACAUACGUUGAUGAUCAUCUGAUGUGCGACAUCGAGGGAAACCACCUCACCGCGGCUUCAAUCCUCGGUCAUGAUGGUAGCAUCUGGGCUCAGAGCUCUUCCUUCCCCAAGUUUAAACCUGAAGAGAUAACUGGUAUCAUGAAAGAUUUUGAUGAACCUGGCUUUCUUGCUCCUACUGGACUGUACCUUGGUGGCACAAAGUACAUGGUUAUCCAAGGCGAGGCUGGAGCUGUGAUCCGAGGAAAGAAGGGCGCUGGUGGUGUCACCAUAAAGAAAACCGGCCAAGCCCUGAUCUUUGGUAUCUACGAUGAGCCAGUGACUCCCGGACAGUGUAACAUGGUUGUUGAGAGAAUGGGAGAUUACCUCAUUGAUCAGGGACUGUAGGUCUUUCUACUCAAAUUUGUGAUCGCUUUUGAUUGUGGUUUCUGGGCUUGCAUCUUCUUCCUUCCUAUGGCUGCGAACUAGGCAGUGGAGUCGUUGCAGAAAAAAUAACCAUGAGAAUGGAAACUGUCAGUUUUGGCAUUUUAGGGGUCAUUAUUUCUUAUUGCUUCCAUGUUAAUUUGUGUAUUUAUUUACUUACCAUUUUUACUGGUUUUUUUUUGGCUUGAUAUUGAGUCUGAAUAUUUGAGAUUUUGGUUGUCCUUGGAUUUCUUCCUCUAUAUGGUAUAAAUUAUAUUUUGAUUUAUUAUAGCACUA